AUGGCUGCAAUUAUAGAAGAUAAAAGUGACCCAUUGGACUUUGUUGAUGAGUGCUUUCACAUAAGUACAUUUGCAAAGAUAUACAACUUCAACAUCAAACCAAUUCCUGACCAAACAAUGUGGGUUCAUACAGAGUUUGAUCCUAUAGGUCCUCCCCCUUUAAGAAAGAAGAGUGGUAGACCCAAGAAGAAUAGGAGGAAAGGGCAUGAUGAACCAAAGAAACCCAAUGGAGGUGUUAGGAAGUAUUACACAACUCUCAAGUGUAGCAUAUGCAAGCAGCCAGGACAUAAUGCCAGAACAUGCUCUCAAAAGGCUAACAGCACUACUGUUGACCAAGACUGUCAAAUGGCAAUGGAAACAGCAAUUGUUGGAGGACAUGAAAUUGAAGUGGCAGAGGAAACAAUAGCCAAUAGUGGGAGAGGUAGUGGUAGAGGAGGGAAAGGAAGAGGAGGGAAGACUGGCAGAGGAGGAAGAGGAGGUAAGAGUGGUGGAGGAGGGAAGAUUGGGAGAGGAGGUGGUGCAAUGGUGGUUGGAGGCACAGGAAGAGGUGGUGAUCCGGCAUCAAAGUAUGACACUAUUGCUCCAAGAGGUAGAGGAAGAGGAAGAGGUGGAACCACUGCUCCACCUCUUCUUGGAAUUGUGAUUAGAGAAACAAAUCCUAACACUAGGGUGGAUAUUGGUACAAACAAAGGUGUAAACCGUGGGAAGGGAAAACAGCCCAUAGUUUGUAGAGGCAAAGCACCAAUAACAAGGUUUGGAGGUGCCCCAAGGGUGGGAUUGCCAGCACCACAGGGAUGGAGAAGAUCCACAAGGAUGGGGAAUGCCAUUUUUUGGACUCAACCAGAAACUUCAUCUGCAGCAUCAUGUGGCAGUGGUGGUGGAAGUGGCAGUACCACAAUGCCAAGCACUCAACCAUCAAGUUCAACCCCAAGUACCCAAAAAUCAGCCACUUGAAUCUGCUUUAGGAAAUGGAUUAGGAUAAG